UCCUUGACCUCAGACCUUUAAGCCUUUUGAUAUAUUCAUAUUAUUGGCCAUCUUUGCCAACUGUGUUGCCCUUGGUGUCUCCAAACCAUUUCCUGAAGAUGAUUCCAAUGCCACCAACCACAAUCUGGAACAAGUGGAGUAUGUGUUUCUAGUCAUUUUCACCAUCGAAACAUUCACAAAGAUCCUCGCAUACGGCCUGGUCAUGCAUCCCAGUGCAUACAUCCGCAGCGGCUGGAACUUGCUGGAUUUUGUCAUUGUCAUUGUCGGUCUUUUCAGCGUUAUAGCUGAGAUGGGCGAGCACAAACCAGGAGAGGCUCAUCACGCUGCAGGUAAACCAGGCGGUCUGGAUGUCAAAGCGCUGAGAGCUUUCAGAGUACUGCGACCCCUGCGGCUCGUGUCCGGUGUGCCGAGUCUGCAGAUUGUGUUGAACUCCAUCAUGAAGGCCAUGGUGCCUCUGCUUCACAUCGGUCUGCUGGUCAUGUUUGUCAUCAUCAUUUACGCCAUCAUUGGGCUGGAGCUCUUCAUAGGCAGGAUGCACAAGACCUGCUUCUAUAUAGGGACAGAUCUAAUGGUGGAAGAUGAUCCCACACCAUGUGCUUUUGCUGGUAACGGUCGAUUCUGUGAGGGGAACAACACAGUGUGUCGGGGAGGAUGGGAGGGACCCAAUGGAGGCAUCACCAACUUUGACAACAUCUUCUUUGCCAUGCUGACUGUGUUCCAGUGCAUUACCAUGGAGGGCUGGACUGAUGUGCUCUACUGGAUGAAUGAUUCCAUCGGGUUUGAGCUGCCUUGGAUUUAUUUUGUGUCUCUGGUCAUUUUUGGAUCUUUCUUUGUCCUCAAUCUUGUUUUGGGUGUGUUGAGCGGUGAGUUCUCUAAAGAGAGAGAGAAGGCCGUGUGUCGAGGUGAGCUGCAGGAGGCCCAGGAGAAACAGCAGAUGGAGGAGGACAUGAUCGGUUACAUGGACUGGCUCAUCGAAGCAGAGGACAUGGAUGAGGAUGGAAAUAAACGUGCUGUGGUGGCUAAGAAAAAGAUGAUGAAGAAAUAUGGCUGGUACAAACACAGUGAAGAUGGAGAAUCAGAUUCAGACUCUGAGUUUGAAGCGUUCCUGGAUGAUGACAGUGGCUGCUGUUCAUCUAUAAUGGCACGACUGAUGGCUAUAAGCUUCUGUGAGCAGCUGUACCACUUGAAUCUGGUCAUCAGGAAGAACUGCCGUGUGGCUGUCAAAUCCACCAAUUUCUACUGGCUGGUGCUACUGCUGGUGUUCCUCAACACGGCCGCCAGCGCCUCUGAACACUACAGCCAACCCCAGUGGCUCACCGACAUACAGGAACGAGCAAAUAAGAUCCUUCUGGCUCUGUUUACGCUGGAGAUGCUGAUGAAGAUCUACAGCUUCGGCUUUCAGAUCUACUUCAUGGCGCUCUUCAACCGUUUCGAUUGUUUCGUGGUGUGUGGAGGGAUUCUGGAGACGGUGCUGGUGGAGAUGGACGUGAUCCCCCCCAUCGGGAUCUCUGUGCUGCGCUGCGUCCGUCUGCUCCGUAUCUUCAAAGUCACGAGACACUGGGCUGCUUUAUCAGACCUGGUGAGCUCUCUGCUGAACUCGAUGAAGGCCAUCUGCUCCCUGCUGCUGCUGCUCUUCCUCUUCCUCAUCAUCUUCGCUCUCCUGGGCAUGCAGCUCUUUGGCGGAAAGUUCAACUUUGAUGAGACUCAAAUGAAAAGAAGCACCUUUGACACUUUUCCAUCUGCCCUGCUCACCUGUUUCCAGAUCCUAACAGGAGAGGACUGGAACUCAGUCAUGUAUGAUGGCAUCAUGGCGUAUGGAGGACCAGUGUUUCCCAAUAUGAUUGUCUCCAUUUACUUUGUCAUUCUUUUUGUCUGUGGUAACUACAUCUUGUUGAAUGUCUUCUUGGCUAUCGCUGUGGACAACUUAGCUGGAGAUGGAGGCAAAAAGAAAAAAGAAGAGCGAAAAGAAGAGGAGGAGGAAUGGGAGGAUGAUGAAGACAGAGAGGAAGACGAAGCUGGAAAUGAUGUGGACGAUUGGGAAGAGCAUGAAGAGUUGAGAGCAAUUGAAGGACUUGAGGGUAUAGGCACUCCCAUGAAAGUUGAAAGUUUUCAACCCAAAGAGAAAAUUGUACCCAUUCCUGAUGGAAGUUCUUUUUUCAUCCUCGGGAAGAAAAACUGUCUCAGAGUCGCCUGCCACAACCUCAUUCAUCAUCACUACUUCACCAACUUCAUCCUCAUCUUCAUCAUAUUCAGUAGUUUUUCAUUGGCUGCUGAAGACCCAAUCAAAACUCAUUCUGUCAGGAAUGUUAUGCUGGGCUAUGCUGAUUAUGUCUUUACCACCGUCUUCACUAUCGAGAUCAUGUUUAAGAUGACUGUGUAUGGAGCUUUCCUUCAUCAAGGUUCCUUCUGCAGAAACGCCUUCAACCUGCUGGACCUUCUGGUCGUCAGCGUAUCUCUCACCUCUUUCUUCUUGCAUUCAAGUGCCAUUUCUGUGGUGAAGAUUCUUCGAGUAUUGCGAGUGCUCAGGCCUCUUCGAGCCAUCAACAGAGCAAAGGGACUCAAGAGCGUGAUUCAGUGUGUGUUCGUGGCCAUCCGCACUAUUGGCAACAUCCUCAUCGUCACCACUCUCCUCCAGUUCAUGUUCGCUUGUAUUGGUGUGCAGCUUUUCAAGGGCCGGUUCUACAGAUGUACGGAUGAGGCCAAACAUACACCUGAAGAGUGCAAGGGCACGUUUGUGGUGUUCAAAGAUGGUGAUAUGAACCAUCCAAUGGUGAGGGAGAGAGUUUGGGAGAACAGCGACUUCAACUUUGACAACGUGCUGAUGGGGAUGCUGGCGCUCUUCACCGUCUCCACAUUUGAGGGCUGGCCACAGCUCUUAUAUAAAGCCAUUGAUGCUAAUGCAGAGAACAGAGGCCCAAUCUACAACUACCGUGUUGAGAUUUCCAUCUUCUUUAUCAUUUAUAUCAUCAUCAUCGCUUUCUUCAUGAUGAACAUCUUCGUGGGUUUUGUCAUCAUCACGUUCCGUGAACAAGGAGAGGCUGAGUUUAAAAACUGUGAACUAAAUAAAAACCAGCGGCAGUGUGUGUAUUACGCAUUGAAAGCUCAGCCCAUAAAGAUUUACAUCCCCAAAAACCCCUCACAACUCAAAUUCUGGAAGAUCAUCAAUUCCUCUCAGUUUGAGUACAUCAUGUUUUUGCUCAUUCUGCUCAACACACUCGCACUGGCUGUACAGCACUAUGAGCAGUCCAAACUCUUCAACUCUGUGAUGGACAUCCUGAACAUGAUUUUCACUACGCUCUUUACGGUUGAGAUGAUCAUCAAACUUCUGGCUCUGAGACCUUACCACUAUUUUAUAGAUGCCUGGAACUCUUUUGAUGCUCUGAUAGUGGUGGGCAGUUUGGUGGACAUCAUGAUAGCAGAGUUCAGUGGUGGAGGAGGCCAUGGAGAGGGAAAAGAAGGGGAGAGUGCCAAAGUGUCCAUCACCUUCUUUCGUCUUUUCCGAGUUAUGCGACUGGUCAAGCUGCUCAGUAAGGGUGAAGGCAUUCGAACCCUCCUUUGGACCUUUGUUAAAUCUCUACAGGCAUUGCCAUACGUUGGUCUACUCAUUGCCAUGAUCUUCUUCAUCUAUGGUGUGAUUGGGAUGCAGACAUUUGGGAAGAUAGCUAUAGAUGACAGCACAGAGCUCAAUCGAAACAACAAUUUCCAAACCUUUUUCAUGGCUGUACUGUUGCUCUUCAGGUGUGCGACAGGUGAACAGUGGCAGCAGAUCAUGCUUGCAGCACUGCCAGGGCGUCGAUGUGACCCGGAGUCUGACUUUGAGCCGGGAGAGGAGUACAGCUGCGGAAGCAACCUGGCGUACCUCUAUUUCAUCAGUUUCUUUGCACUCUGUGCCUUCCUGAUCAUUAAUUUGUUCAUCGCGGUCAUCAUGGAUAACUUUGAGUAUCUGACCAGAGACUGGACUGUGCUGGGCACUCAUCACCUCGAUGAGUUUAAACGAGUCUGGUCAGAUUACGACCCAGAGGCCACGGGACGGAUUAAACAUCUAGAUGUAGUCACCAUGUUGCGCAGAAUUCAGCCUCCGCUGGGCUUUGGGAAACUCUGUCCACAUCGAGUAGCCUGUAGGAGAUUGGUUGCUAUGAAUGUGCCUCUCCAUGCUGACGGCACCGUGUCUUUCAAUGCCACUCUGUUUGCUCUCGUCAGAACAUCACUCAAGAUUAAAACAGAUGGCCCCAUUGACCAGCAGAACGAGGAGCUGAGAGCUAUCAUUAAAAAGAUCUGGAAACACACCAAACCCAAACUUCUAGACGAAGUUAUACCUCCUCCUUCAGGGAAUGAGGUGACUGCAGGAAAGUUCUAUGCCAGCUUCUUGAUUCAGGACUACUUCAAAAAAUUUCGCAAGCGGAAGGAGAAAGAGAGGAAGAAGAAAGGCAAGGACAAGUCAGCCUCUCUCCAGGCCGGGUUACGCACUCUACAGGAUCUGGCCCCAGAGAUGCGUCUGGCUAUAGCGAUGGAGGAUGAGGAAGGGCUGGAGGGGGAGAUGAUGGAAGAAGACGAGUUCUUCAGGAGUGACAGCGUCUUCAGUGAUGCUCCUCCCACAUCGGCCAUGUCCACUCCCAGAAGCACCCCAAUGCCGCCCCAUCUGGACGAGACCACAGUGAGCUUUGAGCUUCCUCCUAGAGUCCACAGUGGGAGCUUGAUGCUGGAGGAGGCCCUGGUGGACUCCCGUCCGGCCUCUGCCCUCUCCGAAAACACAGUGAUAAGUGAACAGCCUCAGAGGUUGUCUCCCCUGCUCGGCAGGUGGGCCUCCAGUCACAGCAAACUCACCCCAUUGUGGAUGCUGAAUAACAACCAAAGGACUGACACAACCAGAGUUAGUGACUAUAUUCCCUCACCAUCCCUGGAUGGAGGAAUGCAAAAUGGAGGAGUCACAGGAGUCACUGUCACUCCAGUAGGAGUCACAGGUGGAGGUGAAGGAGUCACAGGAGGAGAAGCGGGAGUGAUGGGAGGAGGAGUCACAGAGAUGCCAUAUCCUACGGAGCAAGGCAGUGUCAGCAAGGAGGAGCCUCAGAUUGCUGUCUCAAACGAUAGACAGUGGUUUCCUGAGGUUCCUCCAGCACAAACACCAGCACUUAAUUGGAGCAUUGAAAGUGUGGCGCCAGUUCAGCCCAGUAACAUUAACAACAACAGUUAUCAAGGCAACAGCCAAGAUGCUGGUGGCUACCAUGGCAAUGGUUACCCUGGAAAUGGCUACAAUGUUAAGGGUAACAAUGGGACUGGUUAUCCAGGCAACCAUUAUUCCAGCAACGGCAACAGCAGCAAUGGAUACAAUUCUAAUGGAUACAAUGGCAACGGUUUCGCUCCCCGGCGACGUGUGCUUCCCCCAACUCCCUUAGGUCGAAAGCCCAACUUCAACAUCCAGUGUUUGAGAAGGCAGACCAGUAAUGAAGAUCUGCCCAUUCCAGGCACUUACCAUCAAAACUCCCCACCCUGCAGGGCACUCGCACAGACGAACAACAGCUACGACUCACGGCGGAGCAGCAUUUCAUCUGGAGUUUCUUCGGCCUCUUGGGCAAACAACCAGGCCAGAAGGGGCCGUCUCCUUUACGCUCCCCUCAUGCUGGUGGACGAGGUGGGGGGCACUCAGGCACUGUGGGGCGACACCAAUGGCAGCGCCAGUCUGCCGGCAUCGGCCCGUCCCGGAUGGAUUGGCGGUGGAAUGGCAGGCAUGGCCCAGCAGCCUCGGGCAUACACCACUCUCAGACUGCCGUCCCAACACAGCACCGGAUACAUAGAGAAGGGAAGCGCUGACAGCCUCGUGGAGUCGAUCCUGAUCUCUGAAGGAUUGGGUCAAUAUGCCAAAGACCCCAAAUUUGUUGACUUUGCAAAGCGGGAGAUUGCAGAUGCCUGUCACAUGACUAUUGAUGAAAUGGAGAGUGCUGCAACUGACCUUAUAAGUCGAGGGAGGGCAGGACAACCGACCGGACGCUUUGAGGAGGAUCUGUCUGAUGAGAUGAACUGUGUUAUAUCAUACUAAAUGGGCUUCAGUUUGU